UUUGUAUACAUUUUUUUGAUCUUCAGCUCACAAAUUUAAACGCUCGUCAUACAUAUGAAGCAGCUACGUUUUGUGUGUGUAAAAUCUUCAGCUGACUAUAGUUGGUGAGUGAAGCUGGUGAAAUAGAACACCAUUCCAGGCCUAAUACACGCGAAAAAUUGAACUGCCCACGCUCGCCCGCCAAAUAUGCUCAUCAUUCGUUCUAUUAUCUCAACACCCAGUGCCCUCAUGCUUGUCUGUGACCUCACAUCGUGUCUGUUUCUCUCUUUCUCUUCCAACGAACCAAAACCAGGAAGAGGACAGUUCCCAGUACUGUCUUGUGGAGGUGAGUCAGGUGGAUGGGAGUGAGAGAGAGAGUCUUGUGUGACACAGACUGCCCCUGGAAGAGCCUUCAAGACCUCCGAAAGCAAUCACUGACGUUCAGUAACCUACAGCGCUACUUUCUGCGCCAUCGAGAGGGCGGAGUCACCUCCAUCUACAUGUGCAACGUCGACAAGGAGAUCCUGAGGGAGAAGGCCAAGUACACCGAGUUUGUCAAGUCCCUUUUCGCCGAAAUUCCGGCCUAUGCAAAGCCAUCGGAAAACCAAAUGUGCCUCAUAAAGAUAGGCCCCGCCUUCCCCAGUGCUGGUGGGCUCUUUUUGGAAUUCCCGACCUUUGACCUCGCAAUUCGGAUUACAUCGGCUCUCGAGAAUCUACAGUCUUGCCCGAAAAUCAUCCUACUACCAACCAUCCAUCCGGAUGCCGUUGGAUUAGAUCAGGAGCCCCUCCUUGUCUUUGUGAACAGGAAGAGUGGUGGGAACCAAGGGGUUAAACUGAUCUCUGGGUUUCGUCGUCAUAUUAACCCUCACCAGGUUGUAUGCGUUGCGCCACAUGAGAGCGUUCAGAGUGCUGAUAUGUGGGGGAGACGGGACCUUCGGCUGGGUUCUGUCGGCUCUUCAGGACAUGAGGGAGUUCCUGGGCUGCUCCUCUCCGCCCUGCGCCGUCCUGCCUCUCGGGACCGGUGUGUGAGAGAGGGGGGGGAAGGGGUUAUUCAACAUUUUCACCUCGUUAAUGAAAAACACUAAAGUGCAAACCCUCGGCGAACUGUGCAUGUGCAAUACCACUAAUUGAUGGGCUGGGCCUAUUAUACUAGCAUACAUAACUCUCUCCCAGGUAACGACCUGGCACGGGCCCUCAACUGGGGCGGAGGGUACACCGGUGAAAAGGUGAUGCAACUGCUCCUGGCCAUCGAAGACGCCAACACCGUCUCCCUGGACAGGUGGACCUUGUCGUGGGCCGCUGACCCCUCCCUGUUGCCUAGCAACCGUUCGUCGUCGCCGGGGAGUCCGCGUUCGUUGUCCCCGGCGAUCCUGACGUCGCCGCAGAGUGUGGUGAUGAACAACUACUGCGGCAUCGGGCUGGAUGCGGCCAUUGCCCUCGAGUUUCACAACGCUCGCGAAGAGAACCCCGAGAAAUUCAACAGUCGAUUCCACAACAAGGGGGUGUAUUUCCAGCUGGGACUCCAGAAGAUGGUGUCCAAAUCGGAAUGUUCAAACAUUCAGAAGCACCUCAAACUCACCGUGGAUGGAAAUAAAGUGGAUCUACCAGAGUUAGAAGGGAUCAUCUUCCUCAAUAUUCGGAGCUGGGGAGCUGGUAAAGACCCAUGGGGUUCUGCUGCAGAUUCGCUGUUCACCACUCCCGCUAUGGAUGAUGGGAAACUUGAGGUUGUGGGAAUAUCAGGUGCCUUCCACAUGGGUCAGAUCCAGGGCGGUAUUCGUAGCGGAAUUAGACUGGCACAGGGAGCUAAAGCUAUGAUGCUGAGUGGGGGAGGAGACAAGCAGUUCUCGCGGCAGAUGUCGAAGAAGGACACCCUGAAACAGCUGAGCCUCUCGAAACAGCUCUCUGAGACCAACGUCACCACCACGGCCGUCCUCAGCUCACGGCGCAGCCGCACAGCGUGCACUCCCAACUCCCCAACUAACCCCGUCCUUCGCGAGGAGGAGGAGGAGGAGCAAACUGCCGUCAAUCCUGAAUCUUGAACACAGUCUCUCGGACAAUCCAUCUAUUAAUUUUUUGACUCGAUAUUUGAUAUUUUUACAAAUGUUUUGUUUCGUGCUAUAAUUAUACGUAGUAUGAGUUUUUGAGUUUUUGAGAGUUGUAAUUCUAUUGUGUAUAAUAUGUGUGUUUUUAUCAUCAUGUUUGCUGUGGUUAUAAAGAGGGAGAAAUAGCCCUUCAGUUCAUACACUAUGUCGUCAUAGUGCGUAUGCUUAUAAUUUGUGACUGUCUGUCGCAACAAUUAUCAAUUUACACUUGUGUAUAUAUAAAAGAAUGCGUGCUUAUAUACAUAGGUGUAUAGAGCUAAAUGUGUUCCUUAUUAUUAUGCUACUGUUUGUUUCUUGUGUAUACUGUCAACCUCUCUACAUAAAUAUUAUUAAUGAGUUUAGAGUUUCUCCUGACUAUGCCCACCAUCUUCUUGAUCCUCAGCGCCGUCUUCUUCAAGCCUCAUCCUCUUCUCUUCGGCCCUCUCCAGCUCACUGAAGUAGAUGUUCUCGUGACCCACUCCCCCUUCUUCUGCCGUCCUCUGUCCGUCGUUGUCGCCGUUGGUGCGGCCCUCUUUCUUCUCCCCUCCUCCAAGACCAACCAGGUUCAAAGCAGCGUCUUCGAGAUUACGAAGAGGGAUGUCGAUGAAUGAAGCUACAAUUCCAGCCGCUCCGUACGAUAUAACAACAGUGGCUAUUGUGUACGCUGCGAGAGUGAUAUCAGUACCGUAGACGGGGGCACGACGGGUGUAAAAUAGGACAAAGAGUACCACUGGGUGUAUGAGGUAGACGAGAAGGGAGAGCCGACUCAAAGGAGUCCAGAUUUU